UCCAUUGUUGGAGCUGAUGAUUUACAGGCACAACAUGAAUGUAGCGGAACAGAGGAAGGCGCUGUGCCUGAAAAAUCUUGGAAGAAAUGGCUGGAAUUUCAACUCCAUGGAAGGAGACAGAAUUUUCCUUAACCUCCUUUUGCAGGCGGCGAUCUGGAGCCAACGAACCCCCAAAUUAAGCCGGGAAAGAAGAACUGCGGUUAAGCCGGAAAACAAGAACUGCGGUUUUCUCCGUUUCUUCCAUGGGAUUAUUACCCAUUUUCUCUGUCUCCGUCCUUCCAGAAUCCCUAAUUUACUUCCCGAUUUCCUCAGGUCGGCGUCGUCUGGGAGGACCGGCGAGAGUUUCUCCGGCGCCAUUCAACGACUAGUCUUUUGCCGGAAACUCUUCUAAUGUCUUCUUCAUCGGAUUCUCCCUCGCCUACCUCGGAUUCUUCAUCGUCGCCGCCGCCUCCGCCGUCUGAUUCUUCUCCGCCUCCGCCGUCUGGUUCCUCUCCGCCUCCGCCGUCUGGUUCCUCUCCGCCUCCGCCGUCGGGUUCCUCUCCGUCUCCGCCGUCGGGUUCCUCUCCGCCUCCGCCGUCUGGUUCCUCUCCGCCUCCGCCGUCUGGUUCCUCUCCGCCUCCGCCGUCUGGUUCCUCUCCGCCUCCGCCGUCUGAUUCUUCUCCACCUCCGUCGAACGAUUCUCCUCCACCUCCGGCGGACGCAUCGCCGCCGCCGACGCCUCCUGAUUCCUCUUCUUCACCCCGACCGCCACGACGUCAAGAUUCGAAAUCUUCAUCUCCUCCAUCUCCUCCGCCGCCGCACGGUUCCUCUAGGCAUUCUCCUUCGCCUCCUCCGAAAUCGAUUACGCAUCACUCCCAAUCCGCAAACUCCUCAUCCGGCGGCUCUAAAGCCGAUGCGUUGCCGAUCUUUACAGGACUGGCGGUGGCGGUAGGAUUUAUGCUACUCGCCGUGGUUUUAAUGUUCUUCGCUUGCAGGCGAAAGAAACAGAACCAAAAUAGUGAUUCCAUGGGCUUCGAUGAACCGUCUUCUCCGAGAAGUGGGGAUCCAUAUUACAUGAGAAUGAAUUACAACUGGAACAACCAAAACGAACACGUCGUGAACAUAACGCCAGUCGGCGGCGGAGGGCAAGGAGGAGAAUGGCCGCAGCCGCCGCCUCCGCCGCCGACUCCUCCGCCGUUGGGAAUAGUUAGCAGUGAUAUGAGUUCGAAUAACUCGGGGCCACACGGGCCGGUGUUGCCGCCGCCUCACCCGUCGGUGGCGCUAGGGUUCAAUAAGUGCACGUUCACAUUCGACGAGCUGAUGGCAGCGACGGGGGGAUUCUCUCCGGCGAACCUGUUAGGGCAAGGGGGAUUCGGGUACGUUCACAAAGGAGUUUUGCCUAACGGCAAGGAAAUUGCAGUGAAGAGCCUGAAAUCGGGAAGUGGUCAAGGAGGUCGGGAAUUCGCGGCGGAAGUGGAGAUCAUUAGCCGCGUUCACCACCGCCAUUUGGUGUCGUUAAUCGGACAUUGCAUCGCCGGUGAACGGAAGUUGUUGGUUUACGAAUUUGUCCCUAAUAACAACCUCCAAUUCCACCUUCGCGGCAAGGGGCAGUCACCGUUGGACUGGCCAACCAGGGUGAAGAUAGCAUUGGGCUCAGCCAAGGGCCUCGCCUAUCUCCACGAAGACUGUCAUCCUCGCAUCAUUCAUCGAGAUAUCAAGACUGCAAAUAUUCUCAUAGACAUGAGUUUCGAAGCCAAGGUGGCUGAUUUUGGGUUGGUGAAGCUCAAUCAAGGCAACGAUACUCACAUAUCGACUCGUGUCAUGGGCACAUUUGGAUAUUUAGCUCCGGAAUAUGCAUCAUCGGGGAAGCUAACAGAGAAAUCAGACGUAUUUUCAUUUGGAGUAGUGCUUUUGGAACUGAUCACCGGAAGGCGACCAAUGGACACAAUGGGGGAGUUCAUGGAGGAAAGCUUAGUAGAUUGGGCGAGACCUCUGUGCAUGCAAGCAAUGAAGGAAGCAAACUAUGAGGUGCUGGCUGAUCCACGGUUGGAGAAGAAGUACACCGCCCCCGAAAUGGGCUGCAUGGUCGCUUGUGCCUCCGCUUGUAUCCGUCAUUCGGCUCGACGCCGUCCCAAAAUGAGUCAGGUGGUGAGAGCUUUGGAAGGUGACGUGUCACUGGAGGAUAUGAGCGACGGAGUAAAGGCGGGGCAGAGCUCGUACUUCGGCUCAAGCACGACCUCGGAGAACGACACAAGCUCCGAUACCGCGGACGUGAAGAGGCUCCAAAAGAAAGCGAUGGACAGCCGGGAGGAAAUAAGCAGCGAUUGCGGCGGCACUAGCGAGUAUGGACUAAACCCGUCGGCAACAAGCGGCGAGAUCAGCUUGAAGCCCGGCCGCCAGUCAUCCCCAAACGUACGGACCACCUAAGUAAAAAGCUUGGACCGGCCGGUCGAUGGAUUCUCUCCCCUUACCUUAGUGUAAUUUCAUCACUUUAAAUUAUUAGUAUUUAUUACAGUUUGUAGU